AUGCCUUUCGAUCCGCGCACAAAGUCGCGCAAGACGACCACCCUCCCAGCGUCUCUUCGUGAUGAACUUGGUCUGCCGGCUCCUUCAGCACACAGGCGUCCCUUCCGCCCUCAAGAUCGCGGCGCCAACCGCUUCAACUCGCACACCGGCUCAGGAAUAUCACAGCUCAAAGCGAUAGGACGACCGCAGAGUGCACUCAACGGUGCGGCCAAAGGAACGCCUCGAGGACCCAUCAAGUCCUUGCGCAAUCAGGAAAAGGAGCAACAGGAGCAGCGUCAGCAGCAACAGCAACAGCAACGCUCCCAACCAAGAACGGCACCUCAGCACAAGCGUCCUCAUCAGAGCAAGGAUGCUGCUGGCGCACACGCAUCUUCCUCGCGCCAACCACAGCGAGCUGCUGAAAUCUCACAGCAAAAGAGGAAAUCGGAAAAGCAGCCAGAAGCAGCACUCAAAGUCAUUAAGAAGCCCAAGAGUUCCAAAAAUAAUGACAACAGCGAGGCGCUCGAGCAAAAGACAAGACUCAACCCAUUCACCGGCGAGAUGGAGCUUGUCAAGUCUACCGCCAAAAAAUCCUCUUCUAGCAAGCCCACAGCGCUCGAGAAGAUGCUGGCACGAGCAGAGGCCGGUCCGUCCUCUUCCUCCAAAGGCAAAGCAAGAGCUACCGACGCUCUGGCUGGCGCAGGCAAAAAGAAGAGCAGACGCCACAUGAAUCAGCAGGAGAAGGAAGAAGAGGACGAGAUCCGCUGGCUCGAGUACAGUCUCGGUAAGAGCAGGGAGGGUCAGGAUGUGGUGCGCGACGAUUUGGAUGAUUUCCUCGAUGAUCUGGAUCGCUUCCAAGUGGGCAUGUACGAUGAGAGUGGCAGCGAGAACGAUGAGCAGAGCGAGGAGGAGAGCGAUGAUUCUGGAUUGGAGGAAGUUACUGCGAGCGAGAGCGAGGGGGACGAGGAAGAAGAGGAGGAGGAGGAAAGGGAGGGCGAGUCAGAAAGCGCAUCUGAGGGCGGAGGGGAUGAGGUUGAUGUGAGUCCAGAAGAAGGGAUGUACGAUUUCGACUCAAACGACGAAGACGAUUUCAGCAACUGGGACGCUGCUAUGGCGACGACAGACGAGGAGGAUGAGGACGCUGAAAACGACGGAGCAGACGCAAGCACCUCCGAAGACGAUGUUGACGACGAUGACGACUCUGAAGCAGAAGAAGCUCAUGCACUCAUCGCAGGCCUUUCCAACGCAUCCCCAUCCGAGUCUGCCGCACCAGCGUCCACCACCACUGCUGCCACUUCUACAAGCAAAUACAUCCCACCAGCGCUGCGCGCAAAGCUCACAGCCGAAGCCUCCACCUCCAAGACGCCUUCCUCCACCCAAAGUGUCACUGACCUCGACAUGGAUCCGCUCGCAGCGCAAAAGCUGCGUCGUCAAGCGCAAGGUCUGCUCAAUCGUCUCGGUGACGGCAACAUCGACACCAUCGUUGGCGAGUACGAGUCGCUCUAUCGCACACACGCGCGCGCACAUGUCACCACGACUAUCACUCAACUCAUUCUCGACACUGUCACGUCUCGCUCUAACCUGAUCGACACUUUUGUCAUCUUGCAUGCCGCGCUGGUGGCAGCGCUGCACAAAGUGGUCGGCGUGGAGUUUGCGGCAUUCUUCGUGCAGAGGCUGGUGGAGGAGUUGACUAAGCACUAUACUGCGCUCAAGGAGGGUGGGAAUGGAGCAAGGAAGGCGGCGGAGGAGGAAGAGGAGGAGGUGAAAGGAAAAGAGUGUUUGAACUUGACCGUGCUGGCGUGCGAACUGUACAACCUGCACGUGGUGGCGUGUCCGCUCAUCUACGACCUCAUCCGCAUGUUUCUCGGUCAGCAACCUGGAGCGGCAUCCGACACCGAUGCUGCAGCGCCAACCGCGACGGGAAGCGUAGGCGAAGUCGACAUCGAGCUCCUUCUCAAAACCAUCCGUUCGUGUGGUCAUCAACUGCGUACGGACGACUCGAGCUCGCUCAAAUCCAUCAUCUCACUGACCCAAUCGCGCGUUGCGUCGUCCACCUCCGCAACAUCGACACGCACCAAGUUCAUGUUGGAACGCAUGUCGGAUCUGCAGAAGACCAAAACCAAAGCGAUUGGCAACGACGCGUCGAACCCGAACAGUGCCGCUGGGCAGUUGUUGACGCGGAUGAAGAAGUAUCUGGGUGGGAUGGGCAAGAAGCGCACGGUCAAGUCGUACGAAGCGCUGCGCAUCGGGUUGAAGGAUCUGCAGGAUGCCGAUAAGAAGGGCAAAUGGUGGCUCGUCGGUGCAGCGUGGACGGGCCAAACGGACCAGUCGGAUGCUCAAGGAUUGACCAAGCUGCUUCCCAUGAAUGCACGAGCCUCAGCCAUCCAGUCCGCCACCACCAGUGCCGCCACGCAGCACAACGAACAGGACGAACAGCAAGCGCGCCUGCUCGAACUAGCGCGAGAACAGGGCAUGAACACCGACGCGCGCCGAAUCGUCUUUGUCACCUUGCUCACCGCCGAAGACUACCGCCAGGCGGCGGAAAACGUGCUGCUGCUCAAACUCAACGACGUGCAACGACGCGAAGUCAUCCGCGUGCUCGUGCACUGCGUCGGGUCUGAAAACGUCUACAAUCCGUACUACACGCUCAUCGGCCAGGAGAUCUGCCGCAACGACUAUGGCAUGCGCAUCACGCUGCAGUACUGUCUGUGGGACUUCCUCCGCGAGAUCGGACAGAAGCAGGUUGGCGGCGAGAAGUUCGCCGCGGCUCUGUUCUCCACCGAAGACGACGAUGACGACGAGCAGGGGAAGCGCGUUGAUCCACGAAGGGUGGCCAACAUGGCCCGCGCGUACGCCUGGUGGAUCAGCCACGACUGUCUCUCACUGCAAGCGCUCAAAACGGUCGACUUCACAGCGCUCAACCCGCGCCCCGCACACUUCCUCGGCCUCCUGCUCAUCCACCUCAUCCUCUCGAUCCAGUCGCCCAAGUCUCCCGCGAAAACCCUCCACCUCCCCACCGUCACCGCUCCGCUCAAGCACGACAAGCUCGCCAAGAUGGUCCAGAGCAACCUCGUCGGUGGCAGCAUCGACCUGACGAGGGGUCUGCUGUUCUUCCUCAACACAAAGUUGGACUCGAGGGCGCAGAAGCAGCUGAUCCUGGGCGCGGAGGCGAAGGGCAAGACAAAGGAGUUGAAGGAUAGCAUGAGGCCGCUGUUGGAGACGGUGAAGGAAGGGUUGGGCGUGGUGGUCAAGACGGUGGAGGGGAUCGUGCAGCAGCACGACGGCGUGGGGCAGAUCGAGGAUGGUGGGGAGAUGGAUUUGGGUCACGCCAGUAGCGAGGAUGAGGAAGACGACUUUUGA